AUGACGGAUGAAAGCGAGGACCAUGAAGCAGAUUAUGGACCACAGCUGGGCAUGCAGUUUGCUGCGUCAGUAGAUCCGGAAUCGACUCCUCAUGAUCUCAGUGGUGUGAGUGCAACAGUUCAGAAUGCUCUGCUUGACUGGGUUCACGUACACAGCCGAGUCCUGCUUUAUGCGAAAGUUCAUACUGAAAAGUCCACGAGGGAAUCGUUUGUGGCACAGACCGUGACAGAAACCAACGCAUAUAUACAAAUCCGCAACGCAUACGAACUUGCGUCAUUCGUGCUGUCAAAGAAUUUAACCAAACUAACGGAUCGUGCGUCCAAGGCAACUGUAAGAGCAGUCUAA